UGGAGCCCACAGUGACCGUCUCGCCGUCCAGGACGGAGGCCCUAAACCACCACAACAUGCUGGUCUGCUCCGUGACGGAUUUCUACCCAGGUCAGGUCAGGGUCCGGUGGUUGCGCAAUGACCAGGAGGAGACAGCCGGCGUGGUGUCCACCCCGCUUAUUAGGAACGGGGACUGGACCUUCCAGAUCCUGGUGAUGCUGGAAAUGACCCCCCAGCGUGGAGACGUCUACACCUGCCACGUGGAGCACCCCAGCCGCCAGAGCCCCAUCACCGUGGAGUGGCGGGCUCAGUCUGAAUCUGCCCAGGGCAAGAUGCUGAGUGGCGUCGGGGGCCUUGUGCUGGGGCUGAUCUUCCUCGGGCUGGGCCUUGUCAUCCGUCACAGGAGUCAGAAAGGACCUCGUGGGCCUCCACCAGCAGGGCUCCUGCACUGACUCCUGAGGACUGCUUGACUGGGAUUGGUCUUCAUCCUUCUGCAGUGCCCGCCUGUCUGCCCAGAAUUCCCAGCCACCUGCGUCAGCCUGUCCCCCUCUGAGCUCAGAGUCCUACAGUGGCUGUCACACAGCCACCAGGUCACAUCCUGUGACCCCUGCCCCAAGGAUCUGGCUGUGAACCUGCUUCCUGCACUGCCCAGAGCCUCUGCCUGCACUGCCAGCUGCGUCUUCUCAGGCCCCGAGCGGCUGCUCUUCCAUUCUGCCCCACAGACUGCUCAAGAG